UAUAGGAAAGUUUCUCAGAGUCCAGACAAGGCCAUGAGAGUAGGCACUUUUUUCUAAGAAAAAAAGGCCCCAAAUCCUACAAAGUGAACAACAGGGUUUCCUGUCAUCCUUGGAAUAUUGUGGGAAAGAAUGCAGUAUCACAGCUUUCUCCAGGCAUAUAGCAUUUUGAAGAAUUACAAUAUAAAUAUAUUUUUUGGUGCUAUAUAAUGAUAUUGCUGCUAUCUCAGUAAAGAAGAAGCUCUCACUUUCAAGAAGAUUGAUUCCAUGAUCAGGUACCUAGGCCCUUCUUAUUCUCACCAUCAUCCCCCUGUCAAAACCUGCUCUGGAGAAAGGAUUUUAAAACCAUUCAAACUGAACUAGUAAUAUGCUUAAAAUUAUCUCCUCCAAAUGUCAAUUGAAACUAGAUUGCAGAGAAUCCUGAGUACGGGACAAGGCAAUUUGAACAUUUCCUAGGGGAUGACAAUGUACUACUGAAGGUUUUUAAGAAGACAGUGUAUAACAGAAAAUGCAAGAGGAUCAAGAAACUCAAAUUUCCAGUCAGCUAACUGAAACCAAUGAUGUUCUCCACGCAAGACCUAGUAGGUUACAAAAUGACCUGCCCAAUGAUCCUAUUACAAUCUCCUAAACAGAAACUUCUGGAAUGUGAACAAAAAGCAAAGUUGCAUUUCAGCAAUCACCAAUAUCAAGAAGCUCUAAAAGAACUGGUGCGUUGUGUGGCAUUAUCAAGAAUUUGCUAUGGAGACCGUCACUGGAAACUAGCAGAAGCACAUGUUAAUUUGGCUCAAGGUUAUGUACAGCUGAAAGGACUGUCAUUACAAGCAAAACAACAUGCAGAAAAAGCCAGAGAAAUUCUCCUCACCAAUUCACUUUUGCCUUCCUCUGAAGAAAACAUAGAUAUUUUCAAGUGUUCAAUUGACCUUUUCCAUACUUUGGGGAGAGCUCUAACUAAACUUCAGAAAUUAAAGGAAGCCUCACAAAGUUUAACAAAAGCUGACAGACUUUCACAAGAACUGUUGAACCAUGGAAAACUUGUCAAGGAAGAAUGGAUAGAAAUUCAAGCCAAGAUCAAGUUGUCAUUUGCACAGCUGUACCAGAUCCAAAUGAAAUCAGAAGAGGCUCUUCUCUGUUAUGAAGAAUCUUUGAGGUAUACUAAAAGUAGUAAAGGUAGAAAGAGUCCGGACUGUAUCCCAGUAUUGAAGGAGAUGGCAGCUGUGGAACAAAUCCUGGGAAAUUAUGACUCAGCAAUUGAUCAUCUCAUACAGGCAUAUCACAUCAUCCAGAAGCAAGAUUUUUCUGUGGAAGAAAAAAUAGACUCGGCACUCUCAGUUGCCCAUGCUGCCGUUGCCUCUUCAAGAGCUGAGCAUAAUGAUGUGGCAGAGCAAUAUUUCCAAAUGAGUAUGACUAUCCUUAAGGAAGCCAGAGGAAUAACCAAUGACAAAUUUUUUGCAAUUCAAGAUGAAUUUUGCCAUUUUCUUCGCAGUACUGGUAACCAGAAGAGAGCAACUCAGAUACUAAAGGAAUCACUAGGUGCCAAAGUAGCAACAUUUGGGAAUAUCAGCCCCGAAGUAGCAGGGACUUACUGUCUCCUUGGAGAAGCAGACCUGGCACAAGGAGACCAGAACAUGGCAUACAGGAAAUUUAAGAAGUGUCUUCAGAUUCAGACUUCCUUAUAUGGAUCUCAAGAUAAAAGGACAACAGCCACUCAGCAGACUCUUGAUUCAUUAACAAAGAUUACAGAGGUUACAGCAAAACAGAAACCAACUAAUAAAGCAAGACCACCGUUUUGUGCUGUUAUUCCACAACGCUCCAUGUUAGGAAGAACUAAAACAAAUAUAUGUCACUGAUCGUUCUGACCUUUCACUAGUGUAAUUUGGUAAUUUGAUACAACUGAGUAUGUUUCAUUUAGGUGCCAUGUGUGCACUCUCCGAGAGAGAGUAAAGAGUACAAUAGAAUACAAUACCCAUUUAUUAAGUGCCUACUGUGUGCAUAGCACAGUGCAGCAAGAGUAGUUUAAGAAUGGCUUCAUUGCCAUAAUAUAUCCUGACAGGAUUUGCCCAGGGGUCAUGUUUUUACAAUUGAGUCUCUUAGCUUGGUGUUUUUAUAAAAGGCUCGGAACCACUUCAGUGUAUAUUUCUUGCUCAUGGAAAUUCUUUCUGUCCAAUCCUUUGAACAUUCAAAACUGCCUAAGUAAUAAAAACAACUGUUUUGAGCUUUAUGCUACAGCCAUUUAUGUACUUCAUCUGAUUGAACACAUUAGCUUCUUGUGCAGGUUUGGAGUUGGGUUUGGAGCAAUAAAAUCCAGUAAAAAGCUUUUUUACAAGAAGGCAAUCGUGACUGAGAAUGGAAUGCUAAUAAAAAGGGAAUUUGAAACUA